GUGUUACGCAUACGUUUGUCAAAUCCGAACAAAAAUUUCUUGCGGUUAAGUUGAUUCCCUCGCCUUCUGAGUUCUGCCUUUCCCAAUUCCAAAUUCCAUCAUCAUCGUCUCCGUCUACUUGAAGCAAUCAAUCAAUCUGAGCUGUUGGCGAAAGAGUUGGGAGUCCACGGCAAAAAUCUCUUCAUCCUCAAAUUCAAUUGGACAUCACUAUCAGCUAUCGCAAUUGAAUUGAUAUAUGUAUUUUUUGUAAUAAUAAUAAGUCCUUCAUAAUGAUGCAGCAGAGACCGAGACGCAGGUGCGAAGGCACAGCCAUGGGCGCCAUCGUUUUCGAUCUCCGCCCCGGUGCCGGCAUCGGCCCCUUCUCUCUCGGAAUGCCGAUUUGCGAGGCCUUUGCUCAAAUAGAGCAGAAGCCUAACAUUUAUGAUGUUGUUCACGUGAAGCAUUAUGAUGAGGAUCCUUUAAAACUUGAUAUUGUUAUCAGCUUCCCAGACCAUGGCUUUCAUCUUCGCUUUGAUCCUUGGUCACAGAGACUGCGUCUUAUUGAAAUUUUUGAUGUGAAACGGCUUCAAAUGCGUUAUGCUACCUCUCUGAUUGGAGGACCAUCCACACUGGCCACUUUUGUUGCCGUUUAUGCUCUUUUUGGUCCAACAUAUCCUGGCAAGUAUGACAAAGACAGAGGUGUUUACACAUUAUUUUACCCGGGGUUGUCGUUUGCUUUCCCAAUUCCCUCGCAGUAUACAGAAUGUUGUCGUGAUGGAGAAGCGGAACUGCCUCUGGAAUUCCCUGAUGGCACAACUCCUGUUACAUGUCGUGUCUCGAUAUAUGAUAGUUCUACGGGCAGUAAAGUUGGUGUGGGAUCCUCGAUGGACAAGGCCUGUGCUCCUCCUUUGCCCGCUGGAAGCCUUUAUAUGGAGGAAGUGCAUGUUAAGCUAGGGGAAGAAUUAUGGUUUACGGUCGGUGGCCAACACAUUCCUUUUGGUGCUUCACCACAGGAUAUAUGGACUGAAUUAGGCCGUCCCUGUGGAAUUCACCAAAAACAGGUUGAUCAAAUGGUGAUUCAUUCAGCUUCAGAUCCCCGGCCUCGGACUACCCUCUGUGGAGAUUAUUUUUAUAAUUACUUUACACGUGGAUUAGACAUUUUAUUUGAUGGGCAGACUCAUAAAAUAAAGAAGUUCGUCUUGCACUCCAACUAUCCCGGGCAUGCAGAUUUUAAUUCUUACAUGAAGUGCAACUUUGUUAUCCACACUUCUGAUCUUGGGGAUUCGUUUGAUCAGGAAGUGAACUCUAAGAACUCUAUUACGCCCAGCACUAAGUGGGAACAAGUUAAGGAAAUACUCGGGGACUCUGGUCAAGCGGCUAUUCAAACACAGGGCUCUACGAGUAACCCAUUUGGGUCUACUUUUGUGUAUGGUUAUCCAAAUGUUGCGUUUGAGGUGAUGAAGAAUGGCCACAUCGCUACUGUAACACUCUUUCAGUCAUGAUUUAUAAUGGCUUCGGGUUGGAAUUGUACAUCACGAUUUCCAGAAGAAAGCAUGGCCGCUGUCCUGGUUGCAAUCACGGUGGAAGUGUCUCGAUGUAUAGCUUUCUUCUAUUGUAUAGUUAAUGCCAAGAUCAUAGCGCACCUAACUGGGAAAAUUGUGUAAUUUGGUUGAAUCUGUAUGUACAUAUGUGGAAUGACACAUUUGUUGUAGUUGUAUGGUCUCCAAGCUGUUGUGAUCUGACUGACUAAAGUUUCUAUUACACCGUUGUGUAUUACAAUGAAGAAUCGACCAGUGUGGAGAACUGGAGAUGUGGCUACAAUGUUUUCCCUGAAAAUUUGAAUAA